GCGUUCAUACACUUACGUAUCUUGCUUUAUUACAAAAAGAUUACUUUUGUAUAGGUUUGUGUUAGGUUACCUUGUGGAUUGGUGAAAUUGAAAAAAAUAAUGGCUUGUGCGGAUGGAAACGUGCUUCAAAGCAGAGAAAAUCUAUAUCAAGAUGUGCAAACUGAGGUAAAAAAGUUAAUUGCUGAAGCGAAAACAUAUGCUGCUGAAGGUGAACUUUAUAAGUCGAUUAAGAUCUUUAAAAAAGCAUACAAGAUUGCACCAACCGAGAAAAUUUUAAGCAGAAUAAGAAGAGUUGAAGAGGCCAUUGCUGCGGAAAAAAGUGAUUCAGAUGAAGAGGAUGAAAAUUUAGGACUUGUUGAACUUGAUAAUGGGAUGGUGAUUUAUAAGAAACUGGUUGAAAGACUUUACCCACACCAGAUUGAAGGGAUCAAGUGGAUGUAUGACCUGUUUCAAAACAAAAGAAAGGGUGGAAUACUGGCUGAUGACAUGGGCCUUGGAAAAACCAUUCAAGUGAUUGCCUUGAUAUCUGCGUUGUUUGAUGCAAAGUUAAUCAAACAUGUCCUUCUUGUUCUGCCUUUAUCUCUUAUUCCUAACUGGACAAAUGAGUUUGCAAACUGGGCACCUGGGAUUAAAGUUGAGGAAUACCAUGGUCCUGUUGCUAAACGGAAAGCAAUUCUGCAACAGUGUAUGCAUAGACGCAGUGUGUGUAUCACAACUUAUGGUUUGAUAGUAACAAAGUGGGAGACACUUGGUGAAACAUUGGAUGGAAGGGAAUUUGUGUGGGAUUACAUCAUUCUGGACGAAGGCCAUCGGAUCAAAAAUGCCUCAAAAACCACAAAGGGUUUACACAAGAUACCAUCUAGAAAUCGAAUUAUUUUGACAGGAACACCUGUGCAAAAUAAAGUGAGGGAUAUGUGGGCAUUAAUGGAUUGGGUAACUCAGGGUUCUUUACUCGGAACCCAAAAAACUUUCAAAUCUUCGUACGAAAUCCCUAUUGAAUGUGCAAGACAGAAGGGUGCAACCUCUGGUCAGAUACGGUUAGGAAACAUGAUGUCAGAAAGUUUACGCAAGUUAACUGAUCCGUUCAUUUUAAGAAGAACCAAGGACGGGCUUACACGGAAUGAAAAAGAGAAUCGUGGCAAUCUUGCAUGUGUAGAUGGUGCACAGGAUCCUACUGUUCUUAACAAACAACCAAGAUUUCCAAAACUUUCAACUAAAAAUGACUUUGUUGUGUGGGUAUAUUUGUCGGACAUACAGCAACAGAUAUAUAGUGACUUCAUACAACUUGAUUCAGUGAAGGAACUUCUUUUAACUCAUCGUUCUCCCCUUGUACAUCUCACUGUACUUAAGAAGAUAUGCGACCAUCCACGACUUCUCUCAACCAAAGCUUGUAUUGAACUUGGUUUGGAGUCGAAUGAUUCAAUGACGGAAAAUUUGGAUCAAGAAGCGAUUGAAGGAUGUGCGGCGAACCGUAUCAAUAAUAUUUCUGAUCAAGUUCUUAUGGAAGAAUCCGGAAAACUGCAGUUUCUUAUACCUCUGUUGCUACGGUUACGAGAGGAAGGACAUCGGACUCUCAUCUUCUCCAUGUCGAGGAAGAUGCUCAACAUCAUCCAGAGGAUCUUAAUGAAUCUCAAGUUCAAGGUGAUGAGAAUGGAUGGUCUUGUUACAAAACUCAGUGAAAGAGAGAAAAGAGUAAAAUUAUUUCAGGAAGACUCGUCAUAUAGUGUUUUUCUUUUAACAACUCAGGUUGGUGGUGUAGGACUUACAUUAACAGCAGCUGAUCGUGUUGUAAUAUAUGAUCCCUCAUGGAACCCGGCCACUGAUUCACAAGCUGUCGACAGAAUCUACAGAAUUGGACAGAAAAAGAGCGUGGCAGUGUAUCGACUCAUCACAUGCGGUUCUGUGGAGGAAAAAAUCUACCGUCGUCAAAUUUUCAAAAACUCAGUCAUUCAACAAAGUACAGGUCAAUGUGAUGAUCCUUACAGGUACUUUUCCAAACAAGAAUUAGCAGAGUUGUUUCAAUUGGAUGACGUUCUCAGCUCGUCAACUCAGAUCCAAUUAUCUCAACUCCACAGUCACCAACGUAAACUUGAUGAUCAUCUGCAGGAACAUAUGGACUACCUGCAUGAACUUAAAAUGUUUGGGGUAAGCGACCACGAUCUUAUGUUUUCGCAAAAACCUGAUGAUAUUGAUUGUGACGAUGAAGCUGUCACUGGACUAACUAAUCAGGUUGAGUUGGCACAGAACAGAUUGCUUAUGGAAUCAAAUCAAUUCACCGGAAUAACUGAUGCAGAGCAAAGAUGGGGAGGUUUUGUUUCUGAAGAUCGAGUUGCUGAUGUAAAACCUAAGGAUCUUGAACCUGUUUAUCCAAUUGAAGGACUUACCACAAAAUUAGAAACUUUACAAAUUCCUUCCCCACCAAAGAAGGAAGAUAUCAAACCAAUAAAAAUAGAACCGAACUUAGAAGAAGAAAUUGUUUGUUUGGAUUACCCUCUACCCUCUUUGUUAAAGAAAAAAGUUGGCCCCACAAAUCCUUUGUCUUAUGAAGAUGGUGAAGAUAUUAUAUUAUGUGGGGAUUCACCUAUGCAGAUGGAUCCUAAACAAAAUGUCACAUCAGGAAACCCAAGCACUCCAAUUGUGGUUGAAGACUCGUUUGAUAUGUUUGUGCAAUCUAAUAAUAACGACAGCGAUACAGAUGAGCUCUCUAGCGACGAUGAAUGGAAGAAAGCAUUUAGUGAAACAACAGGAAAUGUGGUUGAGCUUCAACCUGCUGAAAAUCUCUCCAAAGUUUCUUCAGCGUUAAGUUCAACUAUGAUGGAUGGGAACAUGGCGAGGAAAUCGCAACUGUUUGGAUUAGAUGAAGAAUUGGUAAACGAUGUGGAAACUACUGAAGAUAAUGUAACAGACUUAAUAGAUCAAAGUGCUGCAUCUGUUUCAUUUAAAUUGAGUGUGUCAAGUGAUGACAGUGCUUUGGAAUAUAACAGUCCACAACGAACAAAUACGGCUCUAAAUGAUAAUAAUCUCUCCACUGAUGUUAGUACAUCACUUCAUGACGUCACGCCACCGGAAGAAAUUGCGCAAGGUGAAGUUUCAAGUAAUAAAAACGAGAGCAUGAGCAGCGGAACUUCAUUAAUUGAUGUAAAUGCCUCAUUUGAAGAUGUAGCGAAAUUAAUUCAUAAUGCAACAAAAUCUAUUGAAGAGAUACCAACAUCAGGGAAUAACACAACUACUUCAAUUGUAGAUAACACAUUUUCUGACCUAGAUGAUGAGGAUGAUGACAUAACACAAGAAUUAUCGAAAGAGGAAAAUAACUUAACACAUGAUGACGAAAAUAACUUAACACAUGACGAUGACAUCACCCAGGAGUCAUUUUCAGCCAGUGGUGUCACAGCGGAGAAAAUUGUUAAAUCUGGGGAUAAUUCGGAAAUUAAUCUAUAUCUGUCUGAUGAAGAUGAGCAAUUAUCAACCUGUGACAAAACAGAAUCUGUGUGUUCCGUCAAUUCGCUUGAUUCUUUUGAAUUUCCAACAUUUGAUAACCUUGAAGAUUCCAACGGAUUCAUUUCAGAUGCUGAUGAUUAAGUUUUGUGCAAUACAAAAGAUGACACUUUCUUUUUACGUCCUCCCUUAUUCAACUUUUCUUCUUGGUGUUCUGUGCAACCACAACAAGAAUGUGGUGGUGUUCCAAAAAACCACUAGAAUGUGGUGGUGUUUUGUACUACCACACAACAACUUUCUUACGUUUUAUUUCACACGUAACAGUAAAGUAGAGGUUCUUUUAAAAAAAGAUUAUCUUCAUGA